UCCCCCUCCACCGGUAAAUGUAGUUGAACUCGGAAGAGCACGGAUAACCAAAACUCGUCGUUUUGGUGACACUUGGCCUGUCACCGUUACCGUCCCAUUCCGAGAGCAUCAAUCAUUCUGCUCCGUGAGAGAAGAACGAAGCGCUCCUCUGCUUGGAUCGCCACAGUUCAAAUCGAUCUCAUUUUUCACACAAUUUGCUUAAGAAUGCCGGAGCGAGAAGCAGGUUGGGAUUUUUACCUUCGAACUCUAUCUGCCAGUGCCAGAGAUUCCAACACCGCUAACGAUCCUGCUUCCGAUCCCUCUCUUCUUCAAUCCGUGAAGAAGCUUCAUGAAUUAUGUAAGGCAGAGAAUUCAGAAGACUUGGUAGCUAGGGUUUAUCCGCAGAUUAAUAAGAUUUUUCAGCGUGCUGUGGCUUCGCUCUCUCAAUCUCAAACCUCCAAUGGCCUUCUUUUACUCGAAAUUCUUCAGUUUUACCUGGACUUUGGGGAUGUUGUUCUUCAUGAUGCUGAUCCUAGUCUUAGGACCUUUUUUCGAUCAUGCUUGAGCAGGGAGUUCGCUGAUCCUGUGGUUGCAGAAGCAAUGCUUGAAUUUCUUAUUAUCAACAAGAAGAGGAUUUUAACUUCUUUCCCUAACUUAAUGCCUCAGUUUUUUCCGUUGUUGUUAAAGCUGAUAGCUUGGAAUGGGGAAAGAUUAGAGAAACAAAUUUUAAAAGCCUUCCCGGGAUUGAUGUCACCUGGUUCAUUUAUUCCAUUGUUUCCAUCUUUACUAGACUUGCCUAUUUUGGUAGUGGCAUUGGAGAAGGUGGAAAAAAACUCUGGACCACUAAUUGGAAGCAGCAUUGCUUCAAUUCAAAAAAAUACAGCUCCUAAGAUGCUACUUGCCCUUAUGGAUGAAGCAUAUACUGGUUCAACUAUAGAAGAUGGUGGAGGGGAUUCUGAAACUGAGGAUAGCAGUGCAAUUGAUGUGGCUGAUCCGUUGUUUCUUGAGAUCUUAAAGGAUGAAAAUGAUGGUAUCGCAGAACGGCCCUGGUCAUCAUCAGUGAUGACCACAAUAUUACAGACUGCAGUCAAUAGUGCUUACUCUGAUAGGUUAAAGGCAGUACUCCGCUUAACACCUUGUCUUCUUGACGUGUACUUUUCCAUAGCACUGCGCGACGUGAAUGAUUCUUUGAUCUGUGCGCUGGUUCCCCUGCUUAUGUCAAGGUUUGCGACAAUAUUUCCAGACAAAAUAUUCUCUUAUGAGGUUCAUAAGCGGCUUUUGGAGUUUAUGCUCUCCACAUUUCAGCGCUACCCAAGCUUCAUUGCUCUUUUAAAGAAACCUAUAAUGGACAGACUUGGAGAAGCUUAUGACAGCCCAGACAAGACAGAAUUGGCAUUGCAAUUAUGUUGGGCCAUUGGUGAGCAUGGUGGUGGUGGUGGAUCUCACAAAGACGAAGCCCGUGAACUUUUUGAGAGUUUAGAACUACUUCUGUAUGAAAACCUUUCCUCGAGUCGUCUGGGCAUGGCACAGGAGUUAUCCCUUAGUUCUGAUAAGGAUACCUACAGAAGGUCAUCACAGUCCAGGCUUAUGUGUUUUGUUGUGACAGCCAUUGCAAAGCUUGCUACGUAUCACCGUGAAUUACUACCAAGAGCACGUGUAUCUUUGGGCAAGGUUGCUCGGUCUCGAAUUUCUGAUAUGAGAGUAUGGAGCCGAGCAUGUGAUUUCUUGGGUUUGAUGAAAGACCCUGCUAUAUGUUCAUCCAUAUUAGGCCCUUCACAGUCUUCACCAGGUACCCCACAGAAAAUUGGCAGCAUAAACUGGAAAGAAGGCGCUACAAAGAUGACUGCACAUAUUCCAUUUUACAUUCUAGGUGAACAAGAAGGACCACCUUUUCAUGAUUUCUCUAUCUCAGAUAUCCUUUCAAGAAGAUGACGGAAGCUAAAAUUUUUCUAGGUCUUUUUUCACCUUACUGUAAUCAUCUUGGUAUCUUUCUGAUUAAUUUUUGUUAUAUUUUUUUGAUCUGUAUAUUAAUUAAACCCUUUCAUUACUAUCAUCAUACCUUGGUUAAGAGAUUGUACAGUCUGGUGAAUGCUAUUGUCUUGUCAAAAUUCUACGAUAUCAACGAUCUAUACAAUCAAUAAACCAAGAUUGGUUUGAAAUAA